AUGUCGGCUGAGGCCUGGGUGGGGACCUGGAGGCCCCACCGGCCCCGGGGGCCCAUCGCCGCCCUCUACACCAGCCCUGGGCCCAAGUACCAGCUCCCCACCAACGUAGGCUACCGGCUGCACGACCCGAGCCGCCGGCGGGCGCCCGCCUACAGCCUGGGGGUACGCGCGGGGCGGCCGGCGGCCGGCUGCUCGCCGGGGCCGGCGCACCUGGUGCCGGCGGGCUGCACGGCGCGCGGCCGCAGCGCCGGGCCCGCCUGCUCCGUCCUGGGCCGCCCGCGCGACCCGCCGCCCUUCCGCACCCCGGCGCCAGGCCGCUACCGCCCGGAGAUGGCGGCGAGGUGGACGCUGCCCUCGGCCCCCGCCUGCUCCCUGGGCUCCCGCACCAGGGGCUUCGCCGGCGACCAGACGCCCGGCCCCGCCGCCUACGGGCUGCCCCCCAUGCUGGGCCCCCGCGUGGUGGGCAAGGCCUCGGCGCCCAACUUCUCCAUGCUGGGCCGCAGCGCCGCCGGCAGCUUCUACGCCGACCUCAGCAAGACGCCGGGACCCUGCAGCUACCGGGUGGUGGAGGCGGACGUGUACAAGCGGCGGGCGCCGCGGUUCAGCAUGCUGGCGCGCAACGCGCCCCCGGGCGACGGCACGCGCGAGCCCGGCCCCGGCGCCUACAGCCCGCGGUGGCCGGGGCGGCCGCGCGGCGUCACCUUCGGCGUCCGCCACUCCGACUACCUGGCGCCGCUGCUCGCCGAGCCGCCGGAGUAG